AUGAUAACACUGCAACUUGAGUUUAGUCUCUGCUGUUCUUCCUCGUAUUCUACAGCUAAGCUGCAGCAACGACAGCAGCAGCAGCAGCAACAGCAGCAGCAGCAGCAGCAGCAGCAACAGCAGCAGCAGCAGCAGCUGUGUUUCUUGUUGUCUUUGCUCUCUAGCGCUCCCCUUCUGCAGCAGCAGCAGCAGCAGCAGGAGCAACAGCAGCAGCAGCAGCAGCAGCAGCAGCUGGGUAUGCUGUCCCAAGGCUGGGAUGGCAGGGAGGGGGGCCCCCCGGGGGGCCCCCCCUCCUUCGAGGUUGCUGCUGGUGCUGCUGCUGCUGUGCCUCUGCCGCAGAUAAACAGCAGCAGCAGCAGCAGCAGCAGCAGCAGCAGCAUGAGCAGCAGCAGCAGCAGCGAGUCUCCUUCGUUGCAGCUGCGUAUACUGAGGCUUGCAGGGGGCCCCUCUCUUCACUCUAGGGGUGGUGCUGCUGCUGCUGCUGCUGCUGCGGGGUGUACAUACAUCGCCACUGUUGAUGGUUCUCUUAUACGCACAGAAGGAGACAAUCAGCAGAUGCAAACCAUCGAAUUCUCCAGCUUUAAAGGGUUUAGCCAAGACAAUCAGCAGAUGCAAACCAUCGAAUUCUCCAGCUUUAAAGGCACACGGUGUGGGGCUAUAAUGGAGUGCGUUGUUGGGGGGGGAAAGGAGAGACAGCUGCGGCUGCUGCUGCAGCUGCCGAAGGCUGCUGCUGCUCUCAGUCUUGCUGUUCUUACUGCAGGAGUAAACUCUGCUGCUGCUGCUGCUGUUGCUGCUGCUGCUGCUGCUGCUGUUGCUGCUGCUGUUGCUGCUGUUGCUGCUGCUGCUGUUGGAUUUGCUGCUGGUCGUGGUGUCGUGUCGCCCUGUUUCCUGGGGCUUGCUGCUGCUGCUGCUGCUGCUGCUGCUGCUGCUGCUGAAGAUAGGGUGGGGCCUGAUGCGGGUGUUGGGGUUUUGGUUGCGACAGAGACGGAGCUGCUUUGCUUCUUCGGUGUUGGUGGUGUUGCUGCUGCGUUCAGCAGCAAGGAGCUGCUUUGCUUCUUCGGUGUUGGUGGUGUUGCUGCUGCGUUCAGCAGCAACCCGGUGUUGGUGGUGUUGCUGCUGCGUUCAGCAGCAACCGCAGCAGCAGCAGCAGCAGCAGCAGCAGCAAGAACGCACAUACUUUUGUCUCCGACGCUAGUGGGGUUGUUGAAUGGAGAGCUGCGGCUGCCAGCAACAGCAGCAGCAGCAGCAGCAGCAGCAGCAGCAGGCAGCAGCAGCGGGAACCUGAUGUCGUUUCCGCCAGAGGUUGUGUUGCUGCCUCCAUCUUCUUUGGUUGCAGCAGCAAAAUAUGUUUCUCGCUCUCCCUCAACACUUAUACGGGAAGGGCCUGCAGCUAAUCCAAGACAGCAGCAGCACCUGCAGCAGCAGCAACAGCAGCAGCAGCAGCAGCAGCGGCUUGCUGCUGCUCACGACGGAAAUAUGUUUCUCGCUCUCCCUCAACACUUAUACGGGAAGGGCCUGCAGCUAAUCCAAGACAGCAGCAGCACCUGCAGCAGCAGCAACAGCAGCAGCAGCAGCAGCAGCGGCUUGCUGCUGCUCACGACGGAGUUUGCUGCUCAUCUGCUGCUGCAGAAUGAGGAUGUCAAUGCAUGGGAAUUGCUUCUAGCCCGCCAGGAUUACAACGGGGCGCUAGCAGCAUGCCGGACGACACAGCAGCGGGAGAUUGUGCUGCGAAGCAAAGCGCGGCUGCUGCUGCAGCAGCAGCAGUGGGUUGCUGCUGCUGCUGCUCUGGCUAGCUGCUGCAGCGUAGGCUUCGAUGAUGCCUGCUGCUUGCUGCUCGCGCUGCAGCAGCAACUGCCGCAGCAGCAGCAGCUGCUGCUAGAAGCCCUCAGGGUUUAUGUUACAGCUAAACUGCAGCAGCUCGCAGACGCCGGCCCUAUACGCAAACCCCUCAAAAGAAACUAUCGCUUCCUUGCGCCUGGGGAGCGCCCCUCACCGCAGCAGGUGGUUUUGUUUACGUGGCUGCUGCAGCUGCUGCUGCAGCAGCUGAAUGCAUGCGACGCAGAGACCCUGAGGGCUGCGUCUCCCCCUAUUGCUGCAGCAGCAGCAGCAGUACCGGGUGCAGCAGCAGCAGCAGCAGCAGCAGCAGCAGCAGCAGCAACCAGCAGCAGCAGCAGCAAAAUGGCUGCACUCCAAGACACGCUGCAGCAGACACAGAGAGAAAUACGAUAUCUUCUCGCGGAGUUUAAACAUGUCCAUGAGCUGCAUGCAACUGUCGUGGGUCUGCUGCAGAGCAGCGGGCGUAGCGGUUUGCUGCGGGAGUUUUUGCUGCUGAUUGGGGACGAGGAGACAUGCGCCCGUCUCUUUCUCAACUCGGCUCAGUAUAGAGAUGCUCUCGACGCAAUUCUAUCAAUCCAGAACCCCAAGGCCCGCUGCAACUUAUUUGCUUCUUAUGCGCCGCUGCUGCUGCUGCAUCACCCGCAGCAGUUUGCUGCUGCAGCACGCAGGUCAGAGCUGGGGGCGCUGCAGCCGUGGCUGCUGCUGCCGGCUCUCAUGCUGCCAAUCGUUCUGCUGCAGCGGGAGCAGCAGCAGCAAGCUCACCAGCAGCAGCAGCAGCAGCAGCAGCAGCAGCAGCAGCAGCAGCAGCAGCAGCAGCAGCAGCAGCAGCAGCAGAAGCUACGCAUGCUGGAAGGCCGCAGUGCAGCUCGGAUGUCUUUCUCUUUCGGUAGAGGCAGCCUGCUGCAUACAAACGGCAUCCCAGGCGUCAGCAGCAGCAGCAGCAUCAUCAGCAGCAGCAGCAGCAGCAGCAGCAGCAGCAGCAGCAGCGGUUGCAGCUGGGCUUCGCCUGCAGGCCUGGGGACCGCGCUGCUGCUGCUGCUUGCUGAGGCCCCCUACGACUCCGAGUCCGAGCUGGCGUCUGCAAUCGCUGACAGCGGGGGAGAGUUCGAUGCUUUGUUGUGUUUGCGGCACUGCCAAGAGAAGCAGAGGAGGCGCUCCGUCAUCCUGCUGUAUGUACACCUCAAACGCUACCAGGCAAGACGAGGGUUUAGGGAGGCGGUGCAUAUGGCGCUAGAAGCAGCAGACGUGCCGCUAGCUGAGGAGGCCGCGGGCUGCUGCGUCGAUGAGCUGCUGCGGCGGAAGCUGUGGCUAGACAUAUGUCGCUACAUUCCUUUAACAAAUAUUAAAAACAGCUGGGGGCUGAUAGAGCCUGCUGGGGCUUAA